AGGAACGCUUUCCUUCGUGUGCUCAGGAACCUGAAGUGAGUGAAUGAGAGAUCGUGAAGGUAAAUUCUAAAGGUCCACGCUGGGACAAUCACAGGAAAAAGGGGCGAAGAAUUCCUCUUGUCGUAAAACGAUGUCUCUAGCCUCCCUUCACUUAAUGCAGGCUCUGAAGAACUCUCCUGCAGCCCUUCGCAGACAUUUUAAACGAGACCAAAUUGAAAGCCUGUCCCAUGGGGACCCCAUCUUUAAGGUGCACUAUCUAGGCACCAAGAAGAUCUUCUCCCUGGACCUGGAACAGGCAGAGGAUGCCAUCAACCGUAUUCUGGAUGGCGCACCUGGAAAGCUAUCCAAAGAUCACGCACUAGUGGUGAGGCCACGCUAUGUAGAAGUCAAAGAAUUGAGCACAGGAAGACAGCUCACCAAGACUUACCUGCACGACAUUGCCUACUGCGCCUCCCACACACAGCACCCCAACGUAUUUCUUUAUAUUUGUCGGCAGCCAGGUCAACAGCUGCAGUGCAGGGUGUUCUGGUGUAGCCGCGUGGAAAGAGCAAAGGACAUGACGGCGUGUUUGGCAAAGUCGUUUCAAAGGGCACUGAAUGACUGGCAGGAUGGCUGUGCCACACUGUCACAGACAGAAGGCAUUGCUAAGCAGGAUGAGGUACCUGUUGCACCUGCUAUUGUAAAAGGAUUGACACUGCCAGCCAGUCUGGGGAAAGUUCGUUGGAAGAAGAAGGGCUCAAUGUCUCGCAGUCCUCUGAGGGCAAUAACCAGACGGGGCUCAGCCAGCGAGAACUGGAACUGAGAUGUCCAGCUACUUCAUCUUUUGACCCCUAUGGGAUCCUACCAACAAGAAAGCACUUUUUUUUCCUCUUCCUAUCUUACCAACCAAGUGACUGAUGACAAUGGCUGGACCUGUCAGAACUUCACUUCAGUGAAACUUUCUACUCAAAAUGACUUCUGUAAGAGUUUGAACUGUGACCAAAGUUGCUGUUCUUGCUUCUUCAGGUCACACUACUUGAUGGCUGACAUAGUAGGGGUGAAUUAAAUUCCAAGCUGGUAAUUUUUUUAAA